GCGGAUCUCUGAGGCGUGGGUUCCAGGCUGAGGCAGCCAGUGGCCUGGAAAAGGUGCACUGUUAAAGUGACUCUCGGAGGUGUGCCUCGUGGCAUCUCCUCUGGGUUCCCCAACAUGUACGGGGCACCGUGGAGUUGCUGCUGGCGCAGGGCCUAGGGAAUGAUCUUCCCAAUCACCCUCUUAGCGUUCCGGUGGCAGCGACGGCCUGGAGGCCGUGCCUUGUCCCGCGCUGCCAUGGAAGUGGCCUUCCGAGGAGUACGAAAAGUUCUCUGUGUGGCUGAGAAAAACGACGCAGCCAAGGGGAUCGCCGACUUGCUGUCCAAUGGUCGCAUGCGGCGGAAAGAAGGCCUUUCAAAAUUCAACAAGAUUUAUGAAUUUGACUAUCAUCUGUAUGGGCAAAAUGUUACUAUGAUAAUGACUUCAGUCUCUGGACAUUUGCUGGCUCAUGAUUUCCAGAUGAGGUUUCGGAAAUGGCAGAGCUGCAAUCCCCUAGUCCUCUUUGAAGCAGAAAUUGAAAAGUACUGCCCAGAAAAUUUUGUAGACAUCAAGAAGACUCUGGAGCGAGAGGCACAGCAUUGUCAGGCACUGGUGAUCUGGACUGACUGUGACAGAGAAGGUGAAAACAUUGGGUUUGAGAUUAUCCACGUAUGCAAGGCUGUAAAGCCCAGUCUACAGGUGUUACGGGCCCGUUUCUCUGAGAUCACGCCGCGUGCCGUCAGGGCAGCCUGUGAAAACCUGACUGAGCCUGACCAGAGAGUAAGCGAUGCAGUGGAUGUGAGGCAGGAGCUGGAUCUGCGGAUUGGAGCUGCCUUCACAAGGUUCCAGACCCUGCGGCUCCAGCGGAUUUUCCCUGAGGUUCUGGCAGAGCAGCUCAUCAGCUAUGGCAGUUGCCAGUUCCCAACGUUGGGGUUUGUGGUGGAGAGGUUCAAAGCCAUUCAGGCUUUUGUGCCAGAAGUCUUCCACAGAAUUAAAGUAACUCAUGACCACAAAGAUGGGACUGUAGAGUUCAACUGGAAAAGAUAUCGUCUCUUUAACCACACAGCUUGUCUUGUCCUUUAUCAGUUGUGUAUGGAGGAUCCCAUGGCAACCGUGGUAGAGGUUAGGUCUAAGCCAAAAAGCAAGUGGAGGCCUCAAGCUUUGGACACUGUGGAGCUGGAGAAGCUGGCUUCUCGGAAAUUGAGAAUAAAUGCUAAAGAAACCAUGAGGAUUGCAGAAAAACUCUACACACAAGGGUAUAUCAGCUACCCACGAACAGAAACAAACAUCUUCCCUAAAGACUUAAACCUGGCUGCGUUGGUGCAACAGCAGACCCAGGAUCCACACUGGGGGGCAUUUGCUCAGAACAUUCUAGAGCGAGGUGGCCCCACUCCACGAAAUGGGAACAAAUCUGAUCAAGCUCACCCCCCCAUUCACCCCACCAAAUAUACCAGCGGCCUGCAGGGAGAUGAACGGCGACUAUAUGAAUUCAUCGUUCGCCAUUUCCUGGCUUGCUGCUCCCAGGAUGCUCAGGGGCAAGAGACUACUGUAGAGAUUGACAUUGCCCAGGAACGCUUUGUAGCCCACGGCCUCGUAAUUCUGGCCCGUAACUACCUGGAUGUGUAUCCAUAUGAUCACUGGAGUGACAAGCUCCUCCCUGUCUAUGAGCAAGGCUUCCGCUUUCAGCCCAGCACUGUGGAAAUGGUGGAUGGGGAGACCAGCCCACCCCAGCUGCUUACCGAGGCUGACCUCAUUGCCCUCAUGGAGAAGCAUGGUAUCGGUACUGAUGCAACUCAUGCAGAACACAUUGAAACCAUCAAAGCCCGGAUGUAUGUGGGACUCACCUCAGACAAGCGGUUCCUCCCUGGGCACCUGGGCAUGGGACUUGUGGAAGGUUACGAUUCCAUGGGCUAUGAGAUGUCCAAGCCUGACCUCCGUGCCGAGCUGGAAGCUGAUCUUAAGCUGAUCUGCGAGGGCAAGAAGGAUAAGUUUCAGGUUCUAAGGCAGCAAGUGCAGAAAUACAAGCAGGUUUUCAUUGAAGCAGUGGCUAAGGCAAAGAAAUUGGAUGAAGCUUUGUCUCAAUACUUAGGAGAAGGGACAGAGGUGGCUCAGCAAGAAGAGCUCUACCCAGCCAUGCCAGAGCCUGUUCGAAAGUGUCCUCAGUGCAACAAGGAUAUGGUCCUGAAGACCAAGAAGAGUGGUGGGUUCUACCUUAGCUGCACAGGGUUCCCAGAAUGUCGGUCAGCUGUGUGGUUUCCUGACUCGGUGCUGGAGGCCAGUAGGGACAGCAGUGUGUGUCCCAUUUGUCAGCCAUCCCCUGUGUACAGGUUAAAACUGAAGUUUAAGCGUGGUAGCCUUCCCCCAACCAUGCCCCUGGAGUUUGUUGGCUGCAUAGGUGGAUGUGAUGAGACAUUGAAGGAAAUCUUCAACCUGCGAUUUUCACGGGCCCCAACAAGAGCUACCCAGCCCUCUGGCCACCUGCAGGCCAGCCAGGUUACCAACAGGAUGGACAGCAGUCAGCAUACUCUCUCUCAACCUCUGGUCAACAGACAUACUGGACCUUCAAAGGCAAUGGCUCAAACCUUCCUACCACCCACUGCUGCUGGUGAAAGCAACUCUGUGACCUGCAAUUGUGGCCAAGAGGCUGUGCUGCUCACUGUCCGCAAGCAGGGCCCCAACCAGGGCCGGCAGUUCUAUAAGUGCAGUGGUGGUGGUUGCAACUUCUUCCUGUGGGCUGACAACAGCCAUCCCACUGGAGGAGGACCCCCCACCUCUGCAUCAAGACUCCCCGGCAACUCUGUGGGAUGGCCGUCAGCCUCAGACAGCAACAUGGAUGGGUUUGGCAGCCUUGGCAGUGACAGUGAUGGAAGUACAUCCUGCCUGUGCGGGCAGCCUGUUGUCACACGGACUGUGCAGAAGGAUGGACCCAACAAAGGACGUCAGUUCCACACCUGUGCCAAGCCACGAGAGCAGCAGUGUGGCUUCUUUCAGUGGGUAGAUGAGAACUUGGCCCCAGUGAACUUUACAGCCCCACCAUGGCCAGGAGGCAGAGGAAAAUCCCAGAGACCAGAGGCUGCAAGCAAAAGACUAAGAGCUGGUUCCUCAGAUGCAGUAUCUACAGCAAAAAAGCCCCGGAAAUGUAGCCUUUGCCACCAGCCUGGACACACCCGCCCUUUUUGUCCUCAGAACAGAUGAGGGCAGGCAAGGUAGAGGACGUUGCCUAGACCAGGAAAUGAGCUAACUGGGACCAGGUGGCCAUUCGGUGUCUGAAAACCUAGGGAUGUGCUGGGUUUGGGGGCUGACCUUCCUUUGUUGAGGAGUCCAUCCAGCUCUGCUCAGGAGUGACUCCAGCUGCUGCACUGCUGAAACGUGAGAAGAUGGUCAGUCAUUGUGUAAGCAGAAACUGACCUUGUUGACAUCCGGGCCCUGACUGUGGCUGUUGUCUGCCAAGUGAGAAGUGGGUAGUGCUUCCAGCCAACACAGGCUCUGCGCAGCUGUCUGAGAAGGAGCUCUCCUAAUGUAUCUGCAGAAGCUACCGUUCCUGCUCCAUCUAGGACACUCAUUGCUCAUGUGCCUUAAUAAAAUACUUCAUCCACUUUU